AUGCCGUUGAAGUCAUGGCCUUUUGUCUCGAGUAUCCCAAAUUCGGCCAUCUCCUCUGCAAGUCUGGCUUCGUCGCUGUCUUCUGGAUGCAAUGGAAAGAGCAGUAAGAGCGGCAAUAUCGAUCAUAUGUUGCUCCGUAUCUAUGAUGGCGGCUUUUCAACAAGGACCGCGCACCCAGCGCGAGGCGGUAACAAUGUAACAAACCAACCAUACAAUCUUGGCCUGCAGCCUCUCGGCCUGCUCAACGUGUCAAAUCCCUCAGAAGCAAAAACUUGGCCCUCGUGGAACAUUGGACGCAAGGACUGGCUCUUUGAAGCCCAAGAGGAAUCUGCUGCGAAAUAUAGGGGCAGUGCUUUGUGUACCAAAAAGAAGAGGGUUAUCGUUUAG